GCUGAAGCGCGUACGCUUACGCUUUUCCGUCUUCGCGGUAAAAUCACCUAAACGCCCAAAACUCAAAACUGAAAGUUUGCGCAGAUCUUAGGCCUCCUCCUCCUCCAUUUCCGUUUCUCUUCCUUUUCCAGAUUCAAAAAAAAAAAAAAAAAAUCUGAUUUACACUACGAACCCUAAAUUUCUUAAACAUUAUCAUCCAAAUUUUGCCAGAAAAACCAAUUGUCAAAUCAUUAUUUUUUUUUCUCUAUUUUUGGUAUCAAAUCCAUUUUCGCUUUACUGUAUUUGCAACCUAAUCUCUCUCCGUAGAUUCGUUCCUAUUUUAGGGUUCCUGAAUUCGAUGAAUCUUUUGCCGUCCGCCAAUUUGAUCAUGUAAAUUAGUCAAUCCAUCGAAUGGCCUCUAUUCGUCGAACGCUAUCACCGGCGGCAUAUCACGACCGCACAUAUCAAAACGGCAUCGCUUCCACCAACUCUCCACUGUCAGUCGAUUCGCCCUCUCACAAGUUUUUUACCAGCAACGCCGCUAAGUACUCCUCUCCAUUAGCCUCCUCAGCCGCUUCAUUUGUCAGUUUCAACUCCAUCCCUCUCCGACGGUUCUUCGCCGCCGCUUUCCUUCAAAAACGGAAAGGAUUUCGCAGAUCUUUCUAUAGAUGCUUGAUAUUCUUCGUUGUAGGCUUCUUUUUGGGUAUGUUAUUGUUUGGUCAUGUGGAUAAUGAUGUCCGGAAUCAUGAUUUCUCUUUUGAGAUCAAGCCGCCACAUGUCAAUGUUCAAUUAGACGACGGCGAUAAUCGCAGUAUUAAGCACGGUGUUUUUGCUCUAAAUUCUGUGAGUUUGGGGGUUGAUGCGCAACUGAACUACGUUUCCAGAUUUGAUUUUGUCCCGAGGAAGCAAUUAAUCGUGAUUACGCCGACGUAUAAUCGUGCUUUACAGGCCUAUUUUUUGAAUAGAUUAGGGCAGGUGCUCAGGCUAGUGCAGCCUCCGCUGUUGUGGAUUGUGGUGGAAAUGAAGGCGGCGUCGAUGGAGACAGCAGACAUUCUGAGGAAAACGGGGGUAAUGUAUAGGCAUGUGGUGUGCGAGAGAAAUUCGACGACUGAGAAAGACAGAGGUGUACACCAGAGGAAUGCGGCUUUGGAUCACAUAGAGAGACAUAGGCUGGAUGGGAUUGUGUACUUCGCUGAUGAUGAUAAUGUGUAUUCGCUUGAGUUGUUCGAAAGCCUGAGAGAAAUCAGCCGAUUUGGCACUUGGCCUGUUGCAAUGCUUGCACAAAGUAAAAACAAAGCAAUUUUGGAAGGUCCAGUAUGUAAUCGAACUCAGGUAAUUGGAUGGCAUACCAAUGAAAAAAGCAAAAGACUUCGAAGGUUUCAUGUUGAUAUGUCAGGAUUUGCCUUCAACAGCACUAUCUUGUGGGACCCAAAGAGAUGGAAGCGCCGCUCUUUGAAACCAAUUCGACAGUUAGACACAGUGAAGGAGGGUUUCCAAGAGACCACAUUCAUAGAGCAAGUGGUGGAAGAUGAAAGUCAAAUGGAAGGUGUUCCUCCUGACUGUUCAAGGAUACUGAAUUGGCAUCUUCAUUUGGAUGCUCGAGGUCUUGUCUAUCCCAGAGGCUGGCUGCUUCAGAAGAACCUUGAUGUCAUUCUCCCUGUCAAAUGAUGGAAGUGUGACGUUGCAAUUUUGAUGCUAAGAGCUCAAGACAGUUGUGCCCUUGUUACAUGUGGGUAGCUGUUCAUUUCCAAGCAUAUUGUCGCUUCAUUUGCUACUAUCAGCGCAAAGCAAGCAUCAGAAAGAUGCGUGGCAGCCUUUGACAAAGAAACAAAGAAUUAUUUUUCCCCCCCAUUGGCUUUUGUUUGUGAAAUUUUCCUAGCGUGAUAUUCUUUCACAGAAGCGAAGUUCUGUUUUUGUUGUAGAUUUAUGGUUGGCGUUUUGUGGGGAUUUAACUACUUAAUUUUUGGAAAUUUACUUGAACAACACCCCCAACCAAAACCAAAAUGGAAGGUGUUUGUACUGUCUAGGAGGACUCAUGUUCUGAAUCUAUUCUUUGUAUGUGAUUGUAGGUUUUUCAUCAGAAUCAAAAAAGAGGGCAAGUUGUUUUAAAA